GUUACGUCAUAUCCAAUGGACGCCGAGUUCAGGUUGAAAAAAUUGAAUAAUAUUGCAAGCUAGCCAGACACUUACUUUAUUCGCGAAGUCAGUGGUCUAUAUUUGUGAAAAAUAUAGAUGUUCUAUCGCUAAUGUCGUUAUGGUAGUUUCUAUUUGAGCGAACAUUUUUUAUUUAAAAUCUUAGGCCGAGGAAUGAAUUAUAUUAAUCAAGGAAGUCACUAGGUGGUUCGCCAAAAGCGUUAGCUAGCAGCAGUAUCUAGCUAGCUCUUUGUUUUGACUGUGAUGGUCUGAUGAUGUUGAAUAGCUUGGACAGCUGAUGGGUCUCGAGCUAAUGUUUAUAUGAACAUGUAUAUUAUGUUUUAAUGGGUUGUUAAAUAGUAUUUAAUGUGUAAUAACAUUACUUCUUCAACGAGGGGAAUAUACAUUUGGUUGUAAACGAACAAUAGCAAGUUUACAAGCUAGCUAAACAACGAGGGACUGAGAAGUGGACAUGGGCAAUUGUCUCAAAUCGCCGACGUCCGACGAUAUAUCUUUGCUUCACGAAUCCCAGUCUGACAGAGCAAGUUAUGGGGAGGCAGACCCAGAUUUGGAGCCACCUCCGCCUUACCAGGAGGAGGCCCACAUGCCGGUGUACCACCCCACCCCCAGCCAGGCCCGCCUGGCCAGCCAGCUGACUGAGGAUGAGCAGGUCCGUAUAGCCCAGCGUAUCGGCCUCAUCCAGCACCUCCCCCGGGGUGUCUACGACGGAGGACGGGACGGCUCCGAGAAGAAAAUCAGAGAGUGUGUGAUAUGUAUGAUGGACUUUGUGUACGGGGACCCCAUCCGGUUUCUGCCCUGUAUGCACAUCUACCACAUGGACUGUAUAGACGACUGGCUGAUGAGGUCCUUCACCUGUCCCUCCUGCAUGGAGCCUGUGGACGCUGCCCUGCUCUCCACAUACGAGACCAACUGACCACUGACCCUAAAUACAACACUACCCCCUUCUGCCGAGCUCUGCCUUGCCACCCCCCCUACAAACACGCGCACACAUACACACACACUUCCACCAGCCCCAACAAACAUACACAUGCUGCCCCCUUCCCCUCUGCUUUUUACCUUGGGAUAAGGAGCAGCACAGUGUCUUGGUCGGUGAUGACAUACGAGAGAGAGACUAUGGAAACACUAGUGAUUAACAAUGAAAAGACUUGGACCCAUCCACCCAUCACCUGGAACUGGCUCUGAACUGGAACUGGCUCUGAACUGAGACUGGCUCUGAACUGGAACUGGCUCUGAACUGGAACUGGUUCAGAACUGGAACUGGCUCUGAACUGGAAUGGGCUCUGAACUGGAACUGGCUCUGAACUGGAACUGGCUCUGAACUGGAACUGGCUCUGAACUGGAACUGGAACUGGCUCUGAACUGGAACUGGAACUAGCUCUGAACUGGAACUGGCUCUGAACUGGAACUGGCUCUGAACUGGAACUGGAACUGGCUCUGAACUGGAACUGGCUCUGAACUGGAACUGGAACUGGCUCAGAACUGGAACUGGUUCAGAACUGGAACUGGCUUUGAACUGGAACUGGCUCUGAACUGGAACUGGAACUGGCUGAGUCAUGGUCUGACUGAAAGAAGGCAACAUUAGGCAACUGUCUACAUAGGAGGACAAGCAGGCAUAAUAUGUGCGUCUGUGGUGGACUGGAUUCCUGAGUCAGCUGUUGAAUACAGUACUAGGAUUGGGUUGGUGAUGUUAUGGUCAGAAGGGGGAGGGGCUGUUACUGUAGUGAUGGCUCACUGCAUUUCCACUUGAGCAGGUCUCGGUGGCAUCCCAUCCCAGCCAAUCAUUAUUCACCAUGAUUAGUAGCUGGGAAUGGGAUUGGAUCAUUUUCUGUCAUCUGAAUUUGGUCACCAGGAGGUAUCCUAUAAGAUUCCUUUGGAACCCACAGCUGGCAACAACAAGACAAUAACAUGACUCAUCAGUCUUCUAAAGUCUCAAAAUCCUUGCACUCUGAAUAUGACUUAGUAAUGGCAAAACAGCCCCAGGAAAGCCGGCAAUAAUGGUUAUCUCUCUACGGACUGAAGCGUACCCUGUUUUAGUGUUUCAAAAUAAAAUAAGUUACAGAGCAUAGUCUCCUUUUAGGAUUACAACAAAAACAAUUAUAGUAUGCACAUACACAGUGCAGAAAUCACCCAAAGCCCAUCCUCUAUUAGACUAUGAUAUGUUUAAUGGAGAAACACAUACACUACCGUUCAAAGGUUUGAGGUCUCUUAGAAAUGUCCUUGUUUUUGAAAGAAAAGCACAUUUUUGUCCAUUAAAAGAACAUCAAAUUGAUCAGAAAUACAGUGUAGACAUGGUUAAUGUUGUAAAUUACUAUUGUAGCUGGAAAAGGCCGAUUUUUAGGCGUACAGAGGCCCAUUAUCAGCAACCAUCACUCCUGUGUUCCAAUGGCACGUUGUGUUAGCUAAUUCAAGUUUAUCAUUUUAAAAGGCUAGUUGAUCAUUAGAAAACCAUGUGAGAAAUUGCCAAGAAACUGAAGAUCUCGUACAAUGCUGUGUACUACUCCCUUCACAGAACAGCGCAAACUGUCUCUAACCAGAAUAGAAAGAGGAGUGGGAGGCCCCGGUGUACAACUGAGCAAGAGGACAAGUACAUUAGGGUGUCUAGUUUGAGAAACAGACGCCUCACCAGUCCUCAACUGGCAACUGUCUCAUCAUCAACAGUGAAGAGGCUACUCUGGGAUUCUGAUCAAUUUGAUGUUAUUUUAAUGGACACAUUUUUUAAAUUUUAUUUUCAAAAACAAGAACAUUUCUAAGUGACCCCAAACUUUUGAACAUUAGUGUACAUCCGUUACCUUUUGUUUGUCUUUCAGAUUGACCAUUCUAAAUGGCUCCACUGCCAUUCCAAAUGGCCUGAAGAAGUGGAUGAGCUGUAUGUCAAUCACUCUGUGUAAGGUUUAUAGGUUUUACAAUAGGAGGAGUAGCAUAGCUGUCAGACAAUGUAAAGGGCUCAUUUGUGCGUGUGCAGGAGGAUCCAUCUAAAAGUUAGGAAUGCUUGCACACACGUUAAUCUGAUCCUAAUAUUUGCACUUUACUUAUAGGACAAUAACGGAAGCAUUAUAUUAAUAUAUAUAUACCUAUAACCUUGCACUUUUCAAUAUUGUUUCUUCUUUUCGCAGCACAGAAGUUAAGAUUGAUAUUGAUAAUGCUGUCAAUGCUACCAUUGGUCACGUAUCAAGUUGAAGUAAAGCUCAAUAGCUGAAUAUGUAUUCAUGAGUUGUGUGAUUCAGUAGUGUGCACCUGCUUUGUUUUGCUUGUCUUGAUUCUAGUGUGUGUUUUUGUGCGGAAGUGACUGCGUGAAGGGGACAGAGGUUUGCUUUGUCUCAAAUGAGACAAUAUGGAAUAGAAGAAUAUUUCUUCCCUUAAGUACUUAGCUUACUUACCUAUAUUUUCAAUCCCACAGUCAUCAUUGCGCAAUUUUCUUUCUUGCUGUAAAAAAAAAAAAAAAAAAAAAAAAAAACUAGGCCAGCAUUUUCUUUGCUUUUUUAGUUUUGUUUGUAGCGAAGUAGCAUUGCAGUGAAUUAUUUCCAUGACAUUUUUUGUUUAUAUAAUAGUGAUACCCUUUUCUGUAUUGAUGUUUGUGUAUCUCCUACCUUUUAGAUGUAUCGUUUGUCAUUGUGUUGAUGGGAGAUAAGUAUUUCCCAUUAGAGUUUACACUGGCUUGAGUAUGCAUUUGCAAACCUCUGUCCCAAAGAUAUUUGUAAGAGGGGGAAGAUCUCUCUCAUGGUUUCACGGUGACAUUAAAAGACAACACACGUGUUUCAAUUAUUAGCUUUGUUUUGCAGUGUUUUUCAGGAUUCUGAAAAUAAAUGUCAUCUCCUGUAAUCUUGGUGUUUGAAAGGCCAACCAUCCCUCAUAUUGAAGCUGUAAAAAAAAAUGUAAAUAAACAAGAAAGCACA